AUGUUGUCAAAUAUAAUCAAAUUAAACCUAAAUUUGGGUCAAAUAUCGCGAAACAGCGUCCGGUUGAUGGCGUCCACCCAAACGGCUUCAGAUCCCAUUCAGAAGCUAUUUGUGGACAAAAUCCGUGAAUACAACCAGAAGUCGAAGGGAAGCGCCGACGGGUUGGUCGACGCCAACGAACGGGUCAUCAAAGGGCUCAACGAAGAGAUGCAAAGAGUGGCCCGAAGUUAUGGCAUCAAAGACGAGAAGUCUUUGGGAUCUCUUAACCUC